CGGUUGGCUAAACUGCGACGAGAACUCAUUACACCCAAAGGCGGCGGAGGGGCCACAGGGGAGGGCUUCGAUGUGGCCAAGACUGGCGACGCCCGCAUCGGUUUCGUGGGCUUCCCAUCGGUGGGGAAGUCGACACUUCUGACCACUUUGGCCGGUGUCUACUCAGAGGUCGCCGCCUAUGAGUUCACGACACUCACCACCGUUCCCGGAGUAAUCAAAUACAAGGGCGCGAAGAUCCAACUCCUGGAUCUGCCGGGUAUUAUAGAGGGCGCCAAAGAUGGCAAAGGAAGAGGUCGUCAAGUGAUAGCUGUGGCGCGAACUUGUAGUUUGAUUUACAUUGUGUUGGAUGUGUUGAAGCCGUUGCAGCACAAGAAGCUCCUCGAGAAGGAGUUGGAGGGCUUUGGACUGCGGCUCAACAAAGAGCCGCCGGCGCUGACGGUCCGCAGGAAAGACAAGGGAGGCAUCAAUUUGCAGUGUAUGGUACAGCAGUCGGAACUCGAUUUAGACACCGUUAAGACCAUUCUGUCGGAGUAUCGCAUCCAUAACGCCGAUGUCUUCGUCCGAUUCGACGCCACCACCGAUGACCUCAUCGAUGUGAUCGAAGGCAACCGGAUCUAUACGCCAUGUCUCUAUAUCCUCAACAAAAUCGAUCAGAUCUCCAUCGAAGAGCUGGACAUCAUCUACCGGAUCCCUCAUUGCGUCCCCAUUUCAGCCCAUCAUAAGUGGAACUUCGAUGACUUACUAUACAAGACAUGGGAUUACCUUAAACUUCAGCGAAUUUAUACUAAACCGAAGGGACAGUUACCUGAUUACGAGUCGCCCGUCAUUCUGAACAUUGAGAAGAAGUCUGUGGAGGACUUCUGUAAUAAACUGCACCGGACUAUAAUGAAGGAGUUUAAAUAG